AACCUUGGCGACCAAAAAUUAUUUUCACCCGCUUAACCACUGUUUGGAGGGAGAAGAUCGGAUUUGAUCCUUUUCAUCUUUGGAGGAGGUGAUGCCUUCUGCAAUGACUUCUCGGAACCCACCUCGAGAUUUUCGACGCCAAGCCACUAAAAUCGAGUUUCAUGUCCAAGCUACCAAAGCUCAGUUCGACACUUUAUUCAGGGUCAAGGAUGAGGUCCACGCCGUGUUGGAGGAGUUAUUGAACAAUGAAUUAGAUGAGGACAUGGUGUUUGGCAUUGCGUUGCAAUUCCUCAGUUCAUUUUGGAACUCACCCACGGGGCGUUUGGAAGCGGCCAAGUGCAAGCUUCACCCCGAAGAUACGCCCAAGAUUAGCAAAGCCUUCUUAGAUCCCAAUGUCCUGGAAUACAUCUUUCCCAUUGAGAUCGUCCUCAAAACACGCGAAGAGGUCAAGGCUCAGAUUCUGACCGAUAUUGAGAAUCUUCAAGCUCAUUUGGCGGAUAAAUAUUCGCCAUUCAACUUUGAAGUGGACACCUUUGUCGUGUUAAUGGAGGCUUUCCGAUUCAUGAUGAGCCAUCGAAUGCAGUUAGGCCGUCAUUUCUUGAGGAAAAAUGACCGGAACUAUGAUGACGAUGACGAAGAAGAGGAAGAAGAAGAAGUGAAGCAAUCUUGGAUCAAUGUUGUACCGUGCGAUGUCUGCCAAGACGAUAGCUACUCGCAAUAUUGUGGAUCUCAUGUUUGUGCCAAGUGUAAGAAGUUCUUCAAAGAGAUCAUGCGAAGCCGAGAAAGUCUCUCUUUAAGAUGCUACAAAAACCAAAGGUGCUUGGAUAACUUUGAUUGUGUGGACAUCAAAUGUGGCAAAUGUCGAUUCCAAGUCUGCGAAAGCCUAGGCAUGGUGUCUGAAUAUUACUUCACCGAAAUACAGAUCACGAAUGUGAUAAAUUGCGCCUCCUGCUCACGUGAAUCUGACUCACUUGUCGAUAUCUUCGGUGUGUCCGUGUGUCAAACCUGUCGGGAUUUCUUCUAUCAAAGCCUUGAGAAUUUCUCAUUCCUUCAUUACGAUUGUCCAAAAGAGCGGAAUUGUACACUAACUCGAGACUCCAAUGCCCCUCCCUGCGCCACGUGUCUUUUUGACAAGAUCAAGGCCCUUGGAAUGGUCGACUUAUAUUUCUGGAAAACUCAGCACGAUCUUGACGAAUCAGUCGACGAUUAUGAGCCGGUCCAUGACGUGGUCUACAGAGACGAAUCUAAAUGUUGCGUUUGCAAUGGCAAAGCUUCCCCCAGCUAUUGGCUUGGACUAAAAUGUUGCGAGGUUUGCAAAGGCUUCGUGGCGGCUUCAAUGACCAAUCGUGCUUCCGAUGCGUAUUGUUGUCGCAAGGGUGAGCGCGGAUUUCUGUGUCCGACUUUGGAGAGCGGCAAAACUUGUAGUUAUUGCUGGCUGAGACGUCUCGAGAUUGAAGGAAUUAUUGAUCGAUGGAAUAUUUGCGGUGGACAACCUUCGGCUUGGGCCAAGAACUUCCUGAAUUGUGACGAGAUUUUGACGGAUGAUUCCUCGGAAGGAAGUUGAACUCAAUGACCCGAGGUUAAUUGCCUUGAUUUUGAACUAACAUGCAAGAAUAUUAAAAACCCAGGCCCCGUUUAAGAUCAACAUACAUUAGUUUGAGCAAA